UAGGUCGCACUUCGCCGACUCAUUUCGUCCUGGCCUUCUAUUAACACAUGCCAAUGCCUUUCCCUCCAGUAAAGUUAGGAAGGAUUAGAUGAACCAAAUCUCAUGGUCCUUCCAAACCUUUCGUCACCUUUUGAAGACAUGCAUUGCCCACAAAGACCUCCUCAUAGGCAAGUCUCUCCACGCACUCUACAUCAAGUCCCUCGUCCCUCCUUCCACCUACCUCUCCAACCACUUCAUCCUUCUAUACUCCAAAUGUGGCCGCCUCUCCGCGGCUCGCCACGUCUUCGACUGCACACUAGACCCCAAUGUUUUCUCCUUCAACGCCAUCAUUGCAGCGUACGCUAAAGAAUCCAAGACUGGUCUUGCCCACCAACUAUUCGAUCGAAUCCCCCAACCGGACCUUGUUUCUUAUAACACUCUUAUUUCUGCUUAUGCUGAUCGCAGCGACACUGAACCCGCUUUUUGCGUGUUUGCGGGAAUGAGAGAGACGGGUCUUGACAUGGAUGGCUUCACACUUUCUGCUAUGAUCACCGCUUGUUGUUAUGGCAUUGACAUGAUUAGGCAAUUGCACUCUUUGGCGGUGUCCGGUGGGUUUGAUUCUUAUGUUUCGGUUAACAAUACGCUCGUAACGUAUUAUAGUAAGAAUGGGUUUCUGGAGGAGGCGAAGAGGGUGUUUGAUGGGAUGGAAGAUGUUAGAGAUGAGGUGUCUUGGAAUUCGAUGAUCGUGGCGUAUGGACAGCAUAGGGAAGGAGCAAAAGCGCUGGGAUUGUUUCAGGAAAUGGUACAGAGGGGAUUUGAUGUUGAUAUGUUUACUUUGGCAAGUGUUUUGACUGCAUUUACGUGUGUGGAGGAUUUGUUGGGUGGGCUUCAGUUUCAUGCUAAGUUGAUAAAAACUGGGUUUCACCAGAAUUCUCAUGUGGGUAGUGGUUUGAUUGAUUUAUAUUCCAAGUGUAGGGGUGGUAUGUCAGAUUGUAGGAAAGUUUUUGAAGAGAUUCCUGAGCCGGAUUUGGUUCUAUGGAACACAAUGAUUUCGGGGUUUUCCCAGAAUGAGGAUUUUUCUAAAGACGCUCUCGACUGCUUCCGGCAGAUGCAGCGUAUCGGUUACUGCCCUGAUGAUUGCAGCUUUGUCUGCGUGAUUAGUGCAUGCUCCAAUUUGUCAUCUCCCUCUCAAGGAAAACAGAUUCAUGCAAUGGCAAUGAAAUCUGAGAUUCCUUCUAAUCGAAUUUCAGUGAAUAACGCUCUGGUUGCAAUGUACUCAAAAUGUGGGAAUCUUCAAGAUUCAAGGAGGUUAUUUGAUAGGAUGCCAGAGCACAAUACAGUUUCUUUGAAUUCGAUGAUUGCAGGUUAUGCUCAACAUGGUAUUGAAACAGAAUCACUACGUCUGUUUCAACAAAUGCUGGACACAGGUAUUGCCCCUACAAGUAUAACAUUCAUCUCUGUUCUUUCUGCAUGUGCACACACUGGAAAAGUUGAGGAGGGUCAGAGGUAUUUCAAUAUGAUGAAAGAGAAGUUCAGCAUUGAACCAGAAGCAGAGCAUUAUUCAUGCAUGAUAGAUCUUUUGGGUCGUGCUGGCAAACUGAGUGAGGCUGAGAGGCUGAUUGAGAUGAUGCCAUUUAGCCCUGGAUCCAUUGGGUGGGCUGCGUUACUUGGUGCCUGUAGAACGCAUGGAAACAUGGAGCUAGCAAUAAAAGCCGGCAAUCAUUUUCUUCAGUUGGAACCUUCAAAUGCUGCUCCAUAUGUCAUGCUUGCCAAUAUGUAUGCCAGUGCUGGAAAAUGGGAAGAGGUAGCAGGAAUUAGAAAGCUUAUGCGAGAUAGAGGUGUGAAGAAGAAACCAGGUUGUAGCUGGAUGGAGGUGAAUAAGAGGAUACAUGUGUUUGUGGCUGAAGAUAGUUCACACCCGAUGAUAAAGGAAAUUCACCAGUACUUGGAGGAGAUGUUGGGGAAGAUGAAGCGAGCAGGUUAUGUGCCAGAUGUGAGAUGGGCUUUGGUUAAGGAUGACGAAACAGGGCAGGGAGAGAAGGAGAUAAGGUUAGGGUAUCACAGUGAGAAGCUAGCUGUUGCAUUUGGGCUGAUCUCGACUAAAGAUGGGGAGCCUAUUCUUGUAGUGAAAAACCUAAGGAUUUGUGGGGAUUGCCACAAUGCAAUUAAAUUUAUCUCUGCCAUUUCUGGGAGGGAAAUCACUGUUAGAGAUGCUCAUAGGUUUCACUGCUUUAAGGACGGACAGUGCUCAUGUGGGGAUUAUUGGUAAUCCCAGAGCGUACUGAACUUAGCCUUUUCACUGCUUCAAUAAAGGGCAAUGCUCAUGUAGAGGCAUACCGGUGCUGUCUCAGUCUCGAAGAAGGCAUAACACCAGUAACUCGAUCGGCAAACAAAGCUAUCUACUACCCAGCCACUGGCGCAGUUCUAACUUAUGGAACCGACCAAAAUACAAAAGCUUAUCGAAACUGUCAAAGCAGUCAGUUAAGAUCAAGUUGACACAAUUUUGAUUCUUUCUUUGUCUGGGGCAAGCCAUCCAGUAGACCUUAUUCAAAC